CCGCUCGCUCAGUUCGUUCACAACAGCAGUGGAGGUCGGACCUGUGACCGUUGUUUCCGUGAACCAUUUGUAACGUGGAUUGCGGACAUAGGAUUUGAGUAUAGUGCAGUGUAUUUAGUGUUGGUGAAAGUGUUGUUAAUUAAUAUCCGUUUACGUUGACAUGAUUUGACCUAUUGAUAUUCAUUUAUUUAUGUAUACAGACACAUAAAUAUAAUAUAUUUUAAUUGAAUUUUAUUUUUGUGAUCAGUGUUUUCUUUUUGUGCUGGAGACCAUGCAAGUUAGUGUUUGUUAGGAUGUAUCCGAGUGCCGGCGCUAUGAACGCCGCCGCCGCUGCCGCAGCCGUGGCGGCCGCGAGGCAUCCGGUAAGAAGCAAUCACAAUAUGGGUCCGCCGCAGCCGGGGCAGCAGAUCAAGUUCACAGUGGGCGAGUCCUGCGACCGGAUCAAAGAAGAAUUCAAUUUCCUACAAGCGCAAUACCACAAUUUAAAAUUAGAAUGCGAAAAGCUGGCUAGUGAAAAAAUUGAAAUACAAAGGCAUUAUGUGAUGUACUAUGAAAUGUCUUACGGCCUCAACGUGGAAAUGCACAAACAGACUGAGAUCGCGAAGCGUCUGAACGCGAUCAUUGCGCAGAUCCUGCCGUUCCUGUCGCAGGAGCACCAGCAGCAGGUGGCGUCGGCCGUGGAGCGCGCCAAGCAGGUCACCAUGACCGAGCUCAACGCCAUCAUCGGGCAACAACGUCCAGACCUACCGCGGCUGUUACAACAGAUGCACGCGGCGCACCUGCCCGCGCACGGCGCGCCGCCGCUGCCGCUGCUCACGCAGGGCUCGCUGCCGCCCGCCGGCCUGCUGGGGCUGGGCGUGCCGCACCACCCGCUGUCCGUGCUGGCCAAGCCGCCGGAUCUACACCGGCCCGAUGAUAAGGGAAACGGUAUCAGCUCAGCGGAAGAAAGACAUAGAAAUUCGAUAUCACCGGGUGAGAGAGAGAAGUACAGAACGCGGAGUCCAGCUGAGCCAGACCACAAGAAAUUAAAGAAAGAGGAAAAAGACAUGAGUCAUGACCUGGUGGUGGACGACGCGAGCGAGGAGCCCACGUCGCCGCACAACGGCGCGCCGUCGCCGCGGGAGAACGGGCUGGACAAGCUGCAGCCCAAGAAGGAGCACCCGCCGCACAGCCCCAGAUCAGGCACAUCAAGUAACGCAUCAACGCCAUCAGCCAAAAAACUGGACGAGAAACCAAGCACGCCGAUCUCCAAGCCAGUGACCCCCACGUCAGGGGGCGGGGGCUCGGCGGGGCCCGCCGGCGCACCUCUGAAGGCAGCCGUGAAGCCCCCAGCACUACAGUACCCUUACUUAGGCAACGGAGCCCAUGAUGCCUAUGGCCUGGCGGGGUAUUCCGCCCGCGCCGCGCUGGCCUAUGAACCCCUGCGGCCCCCGAUUGGCCCGGCGGCCCUAGCACCAAUUCCUGGAGGCAAGCCUCCAUCCCCCCCCUCUAGGGCGUACUCCUUCCACGUGUCGGCGGAGGGGCAGAUGCAGCCGGUCCCCUUUCCCCCUGACGCGCUCAUGGGCCCGGGCAUCCCCCGGCACGCGCGGCAGGUCUCCGCCCUAGCCCAUGGCGAGGUGGUGUGCGCAGUAACAGUCUCCAGUCCGACUAAGUACGUGUACACGGGCGGCAAGGGCUGCGUCAAGGUGUGGGACAUCAGCCAGCCGAGCAAGGCGCCCGUCAGCCAGCUGGAUUGCUUGCAACGGGACAACUACAUUCGCUCAGUGAAGCUGCUUCCCGACGGGCGCACGCUGAUCGUGGGCGGCGAGGCGUCCAACCUGUCCAUCUGGGACCUCGCGUCGCCGACGCCCCGGAUCAAGGCCGAGCUCACGUCGUCCGCGCCCGCGUGUUACGCGCUAGCCAUCAGCCCUGACUCUAAGGUGUGCUUCAGCUGUUGCUCGGACGGCAACAUCGCGGUGUGGGACCUGCACAACCAGACGCUGGUGCGGCAGUUCCAGGGACACACGGACGGCGCCUCCUGCAUCGACAUCUCGGCCGACGGCACCAAGCUGUGGACCGGGGGCCUGGACAAUACUGUCAGAUCAUGGGACCUAAGAGAGGGUAGACAACUACAACAACACGACUUCAGCUCACAGAUCUUCUCCCUCGGAUAUUGUCCAACAGGCGAAUGGCUAGCCGUAGGCAUGGAGAACAGCAACGUGGAAGUGCUGCACGCGGUGAAGCCGGACAAGUACCAGCUGCACCUGCACGAGUCGUGCGUGCUGUCGCUGCGGUUCGCGUCCUGCGGCAAGUGGUUCGUGUCCACCGGCAAGGACAACCUGCUCAACGCGUGGCGGACCCCCUACGGCGCUAGCAUAUUCCAGUCAAAGGAGUCGUCUUCAGUGCUGAGCUGCGACAUAUCAUCGGACGACAAGUACAUAGUGACCGGCUCCGGAGACAAGAAGGCCACAGUCUACGAGGUCAUAUACUAGUGCACACAGACUAUGAACUAACUAUGAACAAGUGACGAACGUUCAGUGAACGCGCGAGGUGAUAUAGCUUUAGAACGAACGCGACCGGCCGAUUUUACUCACAACCUAAACAGCUGCGAUUUAAGGUUGCCUUCUCUAAAAUCGCCCGUCAGCAUUCCCACUUAGUGUAUUUAUAGAGUAUAUUGGGAAGCCUGUAUGUACUUAUGCGACGUGUUUAUAUAGUUUAGUGUGCGCGAUGUAUGUUACGUUAUAAUUUGUUGAGCGCCUUAGUGUAUGUUGGCAGCAGAUCUCAAAAUGAUGAUUUCGUUCAAUAUUGUUGUAAAAUGCUCGUAUUAAAGAAAAAAGAUAUGCGCAAAUUUAA